AUGAAAUCUGCUCUCGUCUUAAUUUUUGGCUCUUUGGCCUGCACAUCAGCUGCAAGUCCUAGCUCGCAAUGUAGGGACUCGGUCUCGGAAGAUACCAUUGCGUUCUUCAGCAGUGCCCCCAUUACUUUUGGAUCCAACUUUGCGGAUUCCACUGCCUGUGCCGCAAAGUGUGAAAUUCUUGACACAUGCGUAUCUUGGCUCUUUAGUGCGGGCGGUGGAAGAUGCGAGCUGUUUGCAACAUCAGCGGUGGCCACCGCGCAAAACCCAACUUUUGUUUACGGAGGCUGCUCAAACAUCGGGUUCGCCUCUUCUUCCAUGCCACCGGCUUCGUCAACGAGCUUAAUCCGUCCCUCUGCUACUUCUGCGCUUCCUGGAACCACUCCUCAUGCUGAUGCAAAGCGACACUUGUCUGCUCACAAGCACAAGAGUCAUCGACACUCUUAA